AGGCGCGUCUUGCGAGAGAAUUGCUGGUCCAGUACAAAGUGUAACGGCUUGGUAAUAGUUAGCUAGCUAGGUGAGCGAUAUCUUAGAAGCAGCGAAAUGGCUGAAGAAAGAUCGGAGAGAUCCGACGGGAGGAUUGUGAAAAUGGAGAUUGACUACAGUUCAACCGUGGAGCAGCGUCUCCCGGAAUGCGAGAAAAUGGCUAAAGAAGGACGACUGCAGGAGGCCAUAGAAAGCUUGUUGUCCUUGGAAAAGCAAACAAGAACAGCCUCUGAUAUGGUGUCAACCUCCAGGAUUCUGGUUGCAAUUGUGCAGAUGUGCUAUGAGGCUAAAGACUGGGAUGCCCUGAAUGAAAACAUCAUGCUGUUGUCAAAAAGGAGGAGUCAGCUGAAACAGGCGGUUGCCAAGAUGGUGCAGGAAUGCUACAAGUAUGUUGAUGAUGUGAAGGACCUGACCAUCAAGCUGAGACUUAUCGACACUCUGCGCACUGUAACUGCAGGCAAGAUCUAUGUGGAAAUUGAGCGGGCCCGGCUCACCAAAACUCUGGCAAAUAUAAAGGAGCAGAAUGGAGAGGUGAAAGAAGCAGCUUCAAUCUUACAAGAACUGCAGGUUGAAACAUAUGGCUCUAUGGAGAAGAAGGAGAAGGUGGAGUUCAUCCUGGAGCAGAUGAGGCUGUGCAUUGCCGUUAAAGACUACAUCCGCACUCAGAUCAUCAGCAAGAAAAUCAACACCAAAUUCUUCCAGGAAGAGGGCACAGAGGAGUUGAAGCUCAAGUAUUACAAUUUGAUGAUCCAGGUGGAUCAACAUGAAGGAUCGUAUCUCUCAAUAUGCAAACACUAUCGAGCGAUCUAUGACACUCCCUGCAUCCUGGAGGACAGUGGGAAAUGGCAGCAGGCUUUGAAGAGUGUUGUUCUUUAUGUAAUUUUGGCUCCCUAUGACAAUGAGCAGUCUGACCUGGUGCACAGAAUCAAUGCUGAUAAGAAAUUGGAAGAAAUUCCCAAAUAUAAGGAUCUUCUGAAGCAGUUCACCACCAUGGAGUUGAUGCGCUGGGCAUCUCUGGUGGAGGAUUAUGGGAAGGAGCUGAGGGAAGGCUCCCCAGACAGCCCGGCAACUGACGUCUUUUCCUGCACCGAGGAGGGAGAGAAGAGAUGGAAAGAUCUCAAAAAUAGAGUUGUGGAACACAACAUAAGAAUAAUGGCCAAGUAUUAUACAAGGAUCACAAUGAAGAGAAUGGCUGGACUUCUUGAUCUGUCUGUUGAUGAGUCUGAGGAGUUUCUCUCCAACCUGGUGGUCAACAAGACCAUUUACGCCAAGGUGGACCGGUUAGCCGGCAUCAUCAACUUCCAGAGACCAAAGGACCCCAAUGAUCUCUUGAAUGACUGGUCCCACAAACUGAACUCGCUCAUGUCACUGGUGAACAAAACCACUCACCUGAUUGCCAAAGAGGAAAUGAUACACAAUCUUCAGUAAUGAGCGUGGGGAGAGCAUAUGGCUUCAUUGAAAUGUUGCUGGAUUUCAUAGGCCAAGCCUAAAGGAAAUGUAAAUCCACGCUGAACCAUCCAGUUUCAUGGAAGAUGAUUGCAACCAUACAGAGCUCUCCUGAGCGGUUAAGAUCAGAGCAUUUUUAUUUCAUUGUCAACAAAUGAUAUUUUGGAAAAGAUGGUAGUACAAUUAUAGAAUUUUCCUAUACAGUUAUACUGUCUCUUUCUCUAACAGUUCUACACAGUGUGGCAAAGCUUAUGUUGCAAUCACAGUGUUGAACUGACUGCUCUAAUAUUUAGAAUGAUCCCUUGAAUAUUUGGCAACUUGUGCUAGUGGCCUAGUGGUUAUUGGUUACAGAUGGACUUGUAGGUUUUCUGUUGUGUUCUGACAGUGUUUUACAUAUAACUGUUAUAAGGGAUUAUGCUAUACAUAACGUGGGCAAGAUGUGCUGUAUUAAAACAUUGCUAUAAGCUUUUGUUGAUUUUUUUUGUGUUGCAACAUAAACAUUAAAUCUUUUUUCUCCA